GCCCCCCUCGAUCUCUGCUCCAAAGAAACUUCUCCUCCUCCUCCUCCCACGCCGUUAUCAUCCCCCAAGAUCCCACCUCCCGCGCCCCAAUUCCCGUCGCAGAGCACCGCAUUGGGCGCGCACGUUGUGCCGCCGGGAUAUUGGCCCGGAUCUGACCGGCGAGGAGGCGGCGUCGGCGGGGUCACUUUGGGUGCGCAGCGCGCUGAGAGGAGGCUGCGAAUCUAAGGAGGGCACAGAAGAGGCGGCGGGGGUAGGAGUCGGGAGGAAUGGCGCCGACGCGGGGCGCGGGAGGAGGGGUGCGGCUGCCGCCGAUGAACGCGCUGGAGAUCCUGCGGGAGACGGUGCGCGUGCUGCGCGGGGACCCGCACGCGUUCACGUCCAUCCUGUUCCUGCUGCUCUGCCCGGCUUCCGGGUGCCUCCUCCUGUCGGCGGCGGCGCUGGACGGGACCGUCGUGCUGCCGCUGGCCCGGAGGCUCCUCGUCGCGGCUGCAGCGUCAGGGCUCCCGCUCACGCAUUUCGUCAGGCAGCUGGCGCACCACCUCGCCGCCACGCUUGUGUCUGCCGUCGUCUCGUUCCCGGCGCUACUCACGCUCCUUCUCGGCGCCCGCGCCGCCGUGGCAUACUCCGUGGCCGCCGUGUACGCCGGGAAGCCGCUCGCUGCCGGGGACAUCACCCUCCUCGCGCGCCGCGCGUGGCCGCGCCUCGCCGCCACCUACGCGCUCGGGUGCGCCGCUGUCGCCGCCGGCCUCGUCGCCUUCUUCGCACUCCUCGUCACCGCCUGCUCCACGCUCAAGGCCAUGCUCUACCCGCCUGACAUUGUCGUCUGCGCGGGCCUCUUCACCGUUCUCGCCUACUCCGUGGUGUACGCCCACACCAUCAUUAUCUGCAACCUCGGCGGCGUCAUCGCCGUUCUCGAGGAAGUGGCUGGGGUCAACGCGCUGCGCCGGUCAGUGCAGCUGAUGCGUGGGCAGACCCACGUCGGGCUGCUCAUCUUUCUUGGAUCCACCAUUGGCCUGGCCUUCGUCGAGGGGCUGUUUGAGCACAGAGUGAAGACCCUGAGCUACGGUGAUGGGUCAUCGCGUCUCUGGGAGGGGCCAUUGCUUGUCCUUAUGUACUCUUUCGUGAUGCUGAUCGAUUCGAUGAUGAGCGCGGUGUUCUACUUCACUUGCCGGUCAUCGAGCUUGGAUCUCUUGGAUAAGGAGGGUGCCUCUGUUGAGGAGCUUGAGAUGAUGAGGGCUGACAAUUCAGAUGCUGUCAGGUGAUAAAGAAGAUUGGUUUGUUUCUCACAUGUGUAUCUGUUCAUACUGUCAUAGGGAAAUAAGUGAGAUGGGCAUGGCCAAGAUCCACGCAGAUUGACCAGUGGUAUUGGCGGUUGUCGUGCCAUGGGUAUACACUUCAUGUGUAUGCUUGGCUUGAUUGGUUGACGUCCAUGGUGAAAGGAACAUUUUUGCUUCCAUUUGGAUUCUUCCAUGGUCAGGUAAUGCUGGGUGUGCAAGAGAAGGCUAGAGGGACAUCUUCCAUAGGAUGUGUUCUUGAUCAGACCAAGUUUUGGCAGCGAUUCAAGAGCUGGCAAUGUGUGUAGCAUUCUUUCAAAAUGAUGUAACUAAUAUAUCAAUUUCAUUAUUGUGGAAUUUUUGUCGCCUUACAACAUUUUGGUUAUACUGAAUGAAAUGUCUUCUGUUACUGAGGAAAA